UGGUUGUGUCAAAUAUGACUCGCUCACUGGGAAGCUCCAACUCAUCGGGCCUGUGUGACGUCUCCUCACAAUGUUUGCCUCCAUUGACUCUCCUCUUUCAUGCAUGGAAGUUCUGACCUAUCGGGUCUGUGCAACUUCUCCUUACAACGUGUUCGUUGACUCUUCUAUGCUAUGGAGAACCCGUGCUCAUCUAGGUAUUAUGUGUCUCCAAGCCUCAUUUGAAUUGGGUCCCAUGGUCUAUCAUGGAGAAAUCCUCCGCACAUUCAAGAUCUCCGUCAGAGAAUUACCGGAUCACAGCGAAAGGUCUCAUCCCAUAGUGUUUCAACCAAAGCAGGAGGACGUCGUAUCCGCUUGUACUUCACUGUUCAUGACGGUGAAGCAGCGACUUUCUGACCAGAACGAUGGCGGUGUUCUUUGUUCCCUUACUACCCUUACAUCUUGCGAUAUGGAUGGAUUAGCAGUAAGGACGGAUGCCGGACAUCCAUUGUUCAAUCUAGCCACAGCAAAGUUUACCAGUUGCAAAGCUAACGGAAGAUACCUCGACCUCGAUGUACCUAUCUCUCUUUUUCAAGACGCACUUGAUUUGCGUCCCACUGGUCAUCCAGACCGACCCACGACCCAACUCCAUCUCGCCAUUUAUCUUCUCUCUCGCUUUGCGAAGCGGGGAUUUCAAACAGAUGCCAGCAUGGGUGAAGAGUUACUGAGCGAUGUGCUUGAUGUCUACCACGCCGAUAGCCAAUUUUACAGAGCAGCUUUGAUUGCACUCAACACAUCCGCUGCGCAUGGAUGCAUGGAUGCAAAUGAUCUUCAGCAGGAGCGGUCUGCCACAUCCAUACUUCCGUUGUCGCCGAAUCAACUUGCUCGUCGAGCAGAGUGGUGUUUGCAGAGAGAUGAACCACGCAAUCUGGCUGUAAUGCUGCACACUCGCUUCGAGCGUCGAGGCAAUGACAAAGACUUGGAUCAAGCCAUCGCACUUCAAACGGAAAGGCUGGCCUUGUGCCCGUACCUUGCGACUCAACUCUCCUCCCGCUUUCACUACCGAGGCAACGACGAAGACUUGGAUGAGGUUAUCACACGUCACAGGGAAAUGCUGACCUUGCGCCCGGUCGGUCACACAGAUCGGUCCUCGUCAUUAUAUAACCUCGCGAAUCUCCUCUCCUUGCGCUUUGAUCGCCGAGGCAACGACGAAGACUUGGAUCAGGCUAGCGCACUUCACAGGGAAGCGCUGGCCUUGCUCCCGCUCAGUCACACAGAUCGGUCCAAGGAAGCGCUGGCCUUGGUCCCUGUUGGUCACACAGGCAACGACGAAGACUUGGAUGAGGCUAUCGCACUUCACAGGGAAGCGCUGGCCUUGUGCCCUGUCGGUCACACAUAUCGGCCCUCGUCAUUAAAUAACCUUGCGAAUCUCCUCUCCUUGCGCUUUGACCGCCGAGGCAAUGACGAAGACUUGGAUGAGGCUAUCGCACUUGACAGGGAAGCGCUGGCUUUGCGCCCUGUCGGUCACACAGAUCAGUCCGGAUCAUUAAAUGACCUCGCGAAUAUACUCUACUCCCGCUUUGACCACCGAGGCAACCGAGAAGACCCUGACGAGUCACUAGAGAACCUACGCUGUGCAUUAACUCUAUUGACGCAACAUGAUCCUCGUCAAUUACUUGUCCAUAAGGCGCUAGCUAGGGUCUACCUAUCAUUCCAUCUUUCAGGGCCUGACGGCACCGGCGCAGGCGAAGAUACGGAGUGUCUGAAUGUUGCCAUGCAUCAUUUCAAGGAAGCAGCAAAUGUUGUCUCUGGAGGCUUGCUAUCCCGCCUGCAAACAAGUCUACUUUGGGUUCACCUGCCUCAUUACGCAGCCCAGCAGUGGUUCUAUUGCAUCCAACUGGACAAUUUGCUUCACAGGUCGGGCUAUCAGCCGUCCUGCUCUGUGACACGACCAGUAUCCUAG